AUGCUCAUGGGUGGAGAGCCAGAAAUGGCAACUAUAGAAUUGGAGGAUUGCGUCGAUACAGAUAUUCAAGAAGUUAUUACUUUGUUGGAAGGAAAUGAUGUCCUACAGGAGACUGCAAAAUCCAAGAUCCAUGCUGUGUGCAUUCCCUGGGAUCUGCCAAGGGUUACUGAAGAAAACAGGCGUUGGCUUAAGGAGAAAAUUCUCAUGCAUGCAGUUCUUGGGAGGAUCGCAAGACAAGUUUCACAGCUAAAGAAAGGGCUAAAGGACACAGGUGUUUGGGAGUUGUUGAGUUCACGGCCAGAUGCUGUUAGCAUCUUUUUCCCAAGAGAUGCUCAAGUUAUAAUGACUUCACAGAUGGUGUUGGAAAAAAUUGUGUGGCCAACAGAGGGAGGAAGUUCAGUCGAAAGGAGCAGACAAAUUAAUUUUCUGAACCAUUUCAUUCAGACAAGAUCUUCUGUGGAGUUGAAGUCCCUUCUCUGCUUCUGGACAGGUUCGCAGUUUGUGGUUGUUCCAUCCUUCCUUAAAGAAAUGCAGAUGUCUCUGGAUGUGUGGUAG